CUUAGGGAGGACAGACUUCCCGACAGAGAAUCUCUGGUCAGUGACCACAGUCUGAAAGAUGUGGUGCACACCCAGGGCCCUUUGGAUGGGAGUCUGUACGCCAAAGUAAAGAAGAAGGACUUGACCGAUGGGACGGCCAAUCCGGUCACUGCCAACGGCAUUCCCUUACCCGGAGUGCCCAAUCACAUCGAGCACACCCUCUCGGUGAGCAGUGACUCGGGCAAUUCCACCGCCUCCACCAAAACCGACAAGACCGACGAGCCACCGCCCGCCAGUACCCAGGGCAUCUCGCCUGAGGAGAGGAGGGAACUUGACCGUUUACUCAGCGGGUUUGGCCUGGACAGUGAGGCGCCCAUGCACACCCGGGCAGCUGGACUCACCGUCUCGGCCGGAGCGCACCACGUGCUGGUACCUGCCCAGGUCCACGUUAACGGAGACCUGCCAUUGGCCAACGCUGAGCGGGAGACUGACAUUCUAGAUGACGACUUGCCCAACCAUGACCUGAACAGCGUUGACAGCGUGGGGACCCUCUCGUCCUUUGAGGGUGCCUACCCCUCAGCAGCAGGAGAGGCGAACUACCGCGAGUCUCCUCCCAUGGACCAGACUGGGCUCAUGCCCAAUGGGCCGCCAUUGGGUUACGCCAACAAACCCCAGCGAGGGGGCUACAGUGACCCAGAGUCAGCGGAACCUGGUUACACCAAAAACAUCCCGAGAAGCAACAGCCUGACGCAGACUGGACAAGCCCCAGCUCCGCGGGCUCACUUGGUCCCUGUCAUCUCCAGCCCCCAGCCAGUCACUUACACCAUGCCAAGCUGCAUCCAACAGCCUCAGACUGCCAUUGUCCAACAGUCCUACCCUACUGGCCCGAACGCCAUGUAUCGCUCACAGUCAUUCAGCACGCCGGAUAGCUCCAGGCAUGAGCCGGUGCCCCAGACACCGGCGCGUAGUACCAGCAGCAGAGACGCUGUCCAGAGAGGCCUGAGUAGUUGGCAGCAGCAGGGCAGCUGGUCACUGUUGCACCCACAGGCCAACGGGCUGCCUGAGGGACCCAGCGGCAGCACUCUGAGAACUCAGAGCCCACAGCACAGCAGCUCCGAACCCACGCUGCAAAGCCACAACAUCCCGGCGUUCCCAAGGAUGGCCUCCCAGCAGGAGAUUGAACAAUCCAUUGAGGCCCUCAACAUCCUCAUGCUGGACCUCGAUCCUUCCUUGUCUCAGGCCAAAAGGUUUCAGAGUGAGCCCACCCCUCAGGCCAACAUCCCAGACAGCGCCCAGACAUCCAUUGUGUCUGCCAACCUGUCUAUGCCAAGCCAACCAUUGGCACGCACCACUGAUCUGAUCCAUCAGAGCUCACCGGGACAAGAUCAGAGACACGUGGACAAUGGCCUACAGAGUGCCUAUCCGCCUCAGGAACACCAGUCUAUCCCUGGCAGUGCCUAUUACCCAAACUAUGGCCAUCUCAGCCAGUUGGCACAGCCAGCUGACACCACAGCCACAAGUUACAGACGAGGUCUCAGCGCCAAGUCAUCCUCUCUGGAUCCACCAUUCACCCCCUACAGUGGAGCCACGUUCCCAUCCUACACUGUGGCACAGGCUCCCGUCAAAUCUGCCAGCUUUGAUGGCAUCACCAGGAUGCCCGAGGAAGAACAUUAUAACUUGGAGGGACUGGUGGCUCAGCGGGUGGCAGAAUACAACGCUCGAAUCCGGGGAAUUAGUCACAGCCUCAACCUUUCUCCAUCUUUCCAGCGUCAGAGAUCUCACACCUUUUCCGGUUUGUUCCUGCUUUGCCGGUUUUUAUUUGUGCAUGCUCCUGUUUCCUGCUGCGAUGAUGGGCCUCUGCGGAUGCAUGUUGUGUUUAUGAUUUACCCACCUCCUG